UCUCUCUCAGGCUCGUCUGCCCAAGACUUCCCGCAGGGCCUGCGCUGGGCGAGAAGGAGCCUAGGAGCAUCCGCUUGGACGGCCCCAAGAGUCCCCUCGACUCGUCCUUUUCGGCCUCGGCCGGCUUCCGCUCCUGGGCGCGCGAGCGGCCGCGGCGGUUGUGGCGGCGGCGCCCGGCAUGUAUCAGAGCCCGCGGCGGCUCUGCUCCGCCCUGCUGCAGAGGGACGCGCCCCGCCUGCGCCGCCUGCCCGCCCCCGGGCCGCGCCUCCUGCCGCCCCCGCCGGCGGCUGCCCUCCGGCCCGCGUCCCCUCGGCUUCUGGCGGCGGCCUCAGCGGUCUCGGGCGCCGCGAGGUCGUGCUCCCGAACAGCGUGUUCCAUGGGAAACGGUACGAGCAGACUCUAUAGUGCUCUCGCCAAGACACUGAACAGCAGCGCUGCCUCCCAGCACCCAGAGUAUUUGGUGUCACCUGACCCAGAACAUCUGGAGCCCAUUGAUCCUAAAGAGCUCCUUGAGGAAUGCAGGGCUGUCCUGCACACUCGACCUCCCCGGUUCCAGAGGGAUUUUGUGGAUCUGAGGACAGAUUGCCCCAGUAGCCACCCACCUAUUAGGGUCAUGCAGUGGAACAUCCUCGCCCAAGCUCUUGGAGAAGGCAAAGACAACUUUGUACAGUGCCCUGUUGAAGCACUCAAGUGGGAAGAAAGGAAAUGUCUCAUCCUAGAAGAAAUCCUAGCCUACCAGCCCGAUAUAUUGUGCCUCCAAGAGGUGGACCACUAUUUUGACACCUUCCAACCACUCCUCAGUAGACUGGGCUAUCAAGGCACGUUCUUCCCCAAGCCCUGGUCACCUUGUCUAGAUGUAGAACACAACAAUGGACCAGACGGUUGUGCCUUGUUUUUUCUCCAGAACCGAUUCAAGCUAGUCAACAGUGCCAAUAUUAGGCUGACGGCCAUGACAUUGAAAACCAAUCAGGUGGCCAUUGCACAGACCCUAGAGUGCAAGGAGUCCGGUCGACAGUUCUGCAUUGCUGUCACCCACUUAAAAGCACGUACUGGCUGGGAGCGAUUUCGAUCAGCUCAAGGCUGUGACCUUCUCCAGAACCUGCAGAACAUCACUCAAGGAGCCAAGAUUCCCCUUAUUGUUUGUGGGGACUUCAAUGCAGAGCCAACAGAGGAGGUCUACAAACACUUUGCUUCCUCCAGCCUCAAUCUGAAUAGCGCCUACAAGCUGCUGAGUGCUGAUGGACAGUCAGAACCUCCAUAUACUACUUGGAAGAUCCGGACCUCAGGGGAGUGCCGGCACACCCUGGAUUAUAUCUGGUAUUCUAAACAUGCUCUGAGUGUGAAGUCAGCUCUUGAUUUGCUCACUGAAGAACAGAUUGGACCCAACCGGCUACCAUCCUUCAAUUAUCCUUCAGACCACCUGUCUCUAGUAUGUGACUUCAGCUUUAAUGAGGAACCUGAUGGACUUUUAUAAACACUUGUCUGUGUCUUUUUAGUCACAAGAGUCUUAACCAGGGAUGUUUCAGGAAACUGAAAUAGGAUAAGUUGCCUGAAGAAGGAUUCCUAGUUUCUCUCACUUCACUUUCCUUGUUUCCAGCAUGCCCUUGGGAAGGAAUCCCCUUAGUUCACAAACCUUUUCCAUUAAAAUCUACAGCGAGAAAGCUGUUUGCACUCCAGUAUUGGCCUGUGUUGUUUUCUUUCCCUUAGCAUUACAUUUUAAUCAUGUAAGAGCAUUAAAUUAGGCUUGUUUUGAAGCUUUUUCAGUUUGAGGAUGCUAUCUAAAAGUAGACUUGCUUGAGUCCUCCAUAAUUAACAAUAAGUAUGCAAGAGCAAUUUCUCUAGACAGCAUUUCAAGUUAUUUAUUUGUGGGUUUUUUAAAUGUCAACAAGACAUGCAUGGGAAUAUUUAUUUUUUAUAUCUCCAUGUAAUAUUAAGUAAAUGUAGCACUAUGAACAUUUCAAAACCAUGCAAAAUGUAAGUUAUAGAGUAAUUUAUAGUAAUUUUCUUAAAGUUUUAAGAUGUUUUUAUUUAGGGUCUUAACAAAAUAGUAGUGUACAAAGGAACUAUUUAGCCUGGAGGAAUUUUAGUUUGUUUGUUAAGUGAAAUAACAUCAGGUCUCCUGGAUACGUUCUUCAUAAAUAAUCCUUGCUGUGCCUUCCUGUUCCCCAUUAUUGUGUUUCUUGAAGAGAUUCCAUGGCCGGUCAGUCUUCAUUAUUUAAUCACUGUUACACAUUUAUAGUUUUCCAUUGGAAUGCUAUUGUUAUAUACUUGAGGUCACUCAGUGUCAUUAUUGUAUUAGAAUGUGCUUUUCACAAUAGGUUAUUUAGGAGCUGUUAUGUGGCAGUGGCUAAGGAAGUCAGUGGGACCUUUUCAGAGGUGGGAAACUAGAAAGCCUGUUAAUGAGGCUGUCAUUGAAAUUUCCUAAGAUAGCCAGGUGACUGAUUCAAAAUGUCUAGAAAGAAGAAUAUAAAAAGUUAGAAAGUAACCUGGAAUUCUCUUCCAUCAGAAAUAAACGUGUUAUAAUGGGUGAAGCCCUUUCCAAACAAAAUCUCAGCAAAUAACCUAUUGGUAAUAAAUUAAUAAAUGUUUUAAUCCAUGAGUUGUAAAUAUUUAAGAUUAAUAAAUGGUCUUAAAGCUA